CCAACAUUGUUCUUUUUUCUCGUAUCUUUCAUUAUCAUGAUUUCGAUACCAAUAUUGGAUAGACUUUCUUUUCGAGAUUACCAAGGUCUCAUCUUUACCGUACUAUUCUUUGCGAUCGAAACUGUCAUUCGUAUUAUUGUCAUCCUUCUCCCGAAAUUCGUUAUUAAUGGUAUUGACGCUUUUAUCGAGAGUGCUUUUCCAUGGCUAACGAGCUCUGAGCGCAAGCCUCGAGUGAGUCCAUUGGAGAAGGCCGAAUCAUUCGAGCAAAUUAUUCGCUUUUGGCGAAAAUAUGCGUAUGAGCAGCAUGUGGUGCGGACGCAAGAUGAUUACUUUUUAUGUGUUCAUCGUAUUCCGUAUAAGGAAAUCAUCACUUCUGACAAGUACAAUGACAAAAACAAUCAGCGAAAGAACCGUAUGGAAAAAAAUAUCGAGAUCAUGGACAAUCUUGAUCAAUUCAUCAAAACGAAAGCUCAUCGGCCUCCGACCAAGAAUGGAAAUCGACCCGUUGUUCUGCUAUACCACGGUUUCUUGAUGUCGUCCGAAGUCUGGGUAUGCAACACCGAUGAGCAUCGUAACUUGCCUUUUGUAUUAUCCGAACAAGGCUACGACGUAUGGCUUGGUAACUCAAGAGGCAACAAAUACAGUCAAAACCAUCAAUCACUGAGCCCAGCAAAUACGGCUUUUUGGAACUUUUCCUUGAACGAAUUUGCCAUGUACGAUUUACCGGAUGUCGUGGACUAUAUCCUUGAGCAAACUGGGGCCUCCAGUCUUACCUAUAUUGGAUUUUCUCAGGGCACAGCUCAGGCGUUUGCCGGAUUGUCAGUGAACCCAAGACUCUGCAAAAAGGUCAAUUUAUUCAUCGCCAUGGCCCCUGCUACCACCCCCAAAGGGCUGCAUCAUCCUAUGAUUGAUGCAUUUGUCAAAGCCACCCCUUCUGUUGUGUACCUGUUGUUCGGCCGCAAAACACCACUGAAACUCGCCUUGUUCUGGCAACGCAUCAUCAGCCCGCCUCUGUUUGUGAAGGUUAUUGAUGGCUGUGUAAACUUUCUGUUUGGUUGGACAGGUCGUAACAUGACAGCUGAACAAAAGUUGGUGAGCUACCAGCACCUGUAUAGUUUGACCAGUGUCAAGUCACUUGUGCAUUGGUUUCAAAUCAUCCGUACUGGGCGCUUCCAAAUGUAUGAUGAGGUUCCAAGUCGGAUCCCCUAUCACAGUCCCAACGUAGUAAGGGAUCAUAUCCCUCCCAAGUUUCCAACCAAGCAGAUCAGUACACCGAUCGCUGUCUUUUACGGCAACUCCGACUCCCUCGUACAAUUUGACGUCCUCGUCGCCGAUUUGCCUCCUUUGGCGUACGUCAAAGCCAUUGAAUCAUGGGAACAUCUUGACUUUCUGUGGGGAAAGGAUAUUGAACACCUUCUUUAUCCCGACAUUUUGAAACUGCUUCGUCAUUUCAAUGCUCAAACGGAUGAGAAAAAUCAUCAAUUGGAGCCAGAGAGAGAGACUGACAUGUACACCGAGUAAAAUUUUUUGUAUAUAAAAACCGAUUGUCUGUCUUACGAGAAAAAGUCCAUACCAAAUGUAUAAAAAAAGAAAGAGAGCGAAAGGGUGAUAAUCAUGGAUUAUCUUCUUGCUUCGUAAAUCCAACAAAAAUCUGCUCAAAGAAACAGUAUAAUUUUGCUAUCGGCCUUCAACUAAAAAGCCGUAACAUUGCACAU